AUGUCAGCCCCAUCCCAGGCCCCAGACGAGCGCCAUCAUGGUAGCCGUGACAGCAUGAAGGCAGCUGCCAUGCGAGAUGCGCUCUGCAGCCGUAUUCGCACCCUUGGCGCGUCCAUCCUCGCCAUCACGCAGUCCGCCAUGAAGGAGGUCGCAGAGCUGGAGGCCGAGUACGCUGAGCAGCAGCGGCGCCUCGCCAAGCGACAGUCGCAGUGCCCAUCGAGCCCGUGCCCUGGCAAAGCAGCGGCGAAGUCGUCGCCACCGCAAAGUCGCGUGCGGCACACCUCUGACCAUGUGCCCAGGAGCGGCGCUCCCACGGCUGCCGCAGAGAAAGACGAGAAGCGCGCAGAGAGCAGCACUAAGGGGGAUAAAAGCGGGUAUGCUCGUUCGUAUCUGUGGCAGACCGAUGCUGCUGUCAUGGAACUCUGCGCCGCGGCGGAGGCAAAUUUCCAGCGCGUCCUCGCCAACCGGGUCUCGCAGAGCCAACGGUCUCUACGGCCUGCCUUUACUGGCGAGACCGCGGGCGACGCUCGUGCUGUCUGGGGCGACGACGACUGUGAUAAAGGCGGUCAGCCCCGCGUGCCGCGCCACUGGCGCCGCGGUGCCCCGCUGUACGACCUUAGCAACGCCGCCAUCACCUCUCAGCACGGCCGCUGCGUGAACGGGGCGGAAGUCACGAAAGACGUGCACGACAAUGGCGUGCAGCCGUCCAGCACCUCCUCUGGCGCUAUCCAAGGAGACAAUGGUGGCCUCCUAUCGCCGGUGAUAACGGCCGGUGGGGCGAUACCGCUGUCGGCACGAGCGCCUGCGACCGCGUCACAGCUGUCGCAGCAGGCUGAGCAGGAGGCCCUCACCGCACUCCACAUUGUGCCAGACCAAGCCAUAGACAGCAUUACCGCUGAGGCAUCGAUCAAGGCAAAGGUGCGUGCGGAGGCAGGCAGGUGUACUUCGCAGCAGCGUCCGGCGUGGUCGUUGUCUGGCUUGGCCCCAGAGCACAGCUACUACAAUGUCGUCUACAUACACGAGUUAGCACAUCCGCGCAGGUUGUCCGGCAACGGCGGCAGUGGUGAUGAUGCGGACCUGGCGUCGGUGCGCGGGCAGAACAACGAUCGCGCUUGCGCGCCUCAGCCCCGGCUGACUUCACGAGUGUUGCAUCGCGGUGCUACCACCUCCAGAACAGCCCCCAACAAGGCAGGCGAGGCACCGCUCAGGAUCACCUCUUAUGUGCAGGCAAUGUACGCCGUGGACAGGACUGAUGCGGCGGUGCGCAAGCCGCCUGCUAACCCAGACACGAAAGCGGCACCUCUCACAACCCCCGCUCCUGCGCGGAUGAACGGCGAUACGACGCUGGUGCAGCUCAAGCUCUGCGUUCCCGCACAGCGCUCGGGCUGCAACGGCAGCUCGCGGAUCGAGGCGUCACCGCUUACGGCGACGGAUACAAAGCCCACUGGCGUGAAGUUCUCUUCUUCCUCCACUGUGGACCGCGUGUCCGACUCUGGAGCAGACAGGGCAGUGGCCUCGGCUCCGUCGGCUGCCGUUCCCAGCACUGUGGCGAAGGCGCAGAUCGUAGCGCGCAUCGAAUCGAUCGAGGACUGGCAACGGGAUCGCCACGCCGACGUCGAGGAACGCAUUCGCCGUCGGCGCCGAUCCUCUGUCGUGCCUGCCGGGUGGCAGGGCGAGUACUACUACUACGCGAACCCUGGAGGUGCCGCGACAAGGACAGAUGAAGCCGGCAUGCCGACGUCCUUCCCGGUAUCCUCGCCAACGCACACCGGCCCACGAACUCCCGUGCGGGGUGCAUCGCAGCCCCCGACUAUCGUCGCCGCUGCGUCGAACAUCGGCGCGGCGGCCACGGCGGGCUUCAGCGGAGCAGCCGAUAUGGCGGCGACAAUGGAGGGGAACGACGCGCACCGCGGCACCCCCCAUCAGCAGCCGAGGCAAGGGCACCCGAGCUCAUGGCCUCUGUCACGGUCUUGCGCCGUGGCAAGUCCUUCCUUGAGAGGCAAGACGACCACUUGCACGGUGUUGCUAAGGACGCGCCCACAGCUUUCCAAGUCGCUCGGCUCAUCGAGCAAGGCCAAGUCUGGUGCGGUGGCGGAUAUCUCUCGGAAGUCGAACAGCAGUCGGGCGCAGGUGCGCCAACCAGCUCAAUUGUUGCCUAGAACCACUGCUCGGGGUACGGUGAUGGCGACACCGACCUCGGCGGUCGCCGCUGCAGCGGCGUCGACUCCCUCUUCCAAAGGCGCGCUUUGCCCGGCGCUGGAGGUGGUGGUCGCGAACACGUACAACUCGAUUGAGUGGGCCUUCGGCGGCGCAGCCCGACGCGCGUCCACGAUGGCACCAGACUUGGCGCACGGUGAAUCGCCGCUUUCGUCGGCGUCAUUGUUGUGGGCCGCACACCAGAAGCGCGAGCAGGAUGAUGAAGAGCAGCGUCGCUGGAAUGCUCGCACGCGCCAGCCGCACGGCCUGGACAUUCACGCUCCGAUCGAUCUUCGAAUCUCGUAG